GAGAGAGAGAGGAGUACCACAUCACAGUCUUCCAGCUCUGAGCCGCUAGUUCCUGGUUGCCAAGCAGUUAUUGUUUCUGUGAUGGUUGAGGAGGCUGUUGCUAAUUGAAGGAGCCCUUUCAGCAUCUUCCUUUCUGUUCUUUCACUCUCCUCAUUUAAAUUGACAAAGCAGAAAGAAAAGGGAAGAGAGAGUGACAGAGAGACGGAGAAAGAGAGAGAGAGAUUAGGGGGUGGGAUGUAUCUUGGUGGCACUAAAUUUUAAUUGGGAAGGGGGGAGUGCAAAAGGAACCGCUAUCUCAGCUGGUGAUUGAGUCCGGGGGGCUAGUUACCCAUCCCUCAUCCUUUAGCUUUGGUGGCUGAAAACAUUUGCACAGUUGAAUGCUCUCUCUCUCUCUCUCUCUCUCUCUAUCUCUCUCUCUCUCUAUCUCUCUUGCUCUCUCUCUCUCUCUCUCUCUCGCAUGCACGGGCAUACAAUCAAACACAUCCACACAGACUUGUGAGAUCCCGUUUCCCACUGCAGUGGGCACAAGUAGGUGACCAUGACUACAGCUAAGGAACAAAAUGCUUCAGGAAAAUCAGUCCAACAACAGGAACAGGAGCUGGUGGGGAGCAACCCUCCACAGAGAAACUGGAAAGGAAUUGCAAUCGCAUUACUUGUUAUUCUGGUUAUCUGCUCCCUGAUUGUCACUUCAGUUAUCUUGCUGACACCAGUGGAAGAUAAUAGCCUGUCCCAGAAGAAGAAGAUUACAGUGGAAGAUCUGUUCAGUGAUGAUUUCAAAGUUCAUGAUCCAGAGGCUAAAUGGAUAAGUGAUACGGAAUUCAUCUACAAAAACCGGAAUGGCUCGGUGAUAGUGCACAAUGUUGAAACCAACAAUUCGACAGUGUUAAUAGAGAACAAAAUAAUCGUGUCCAUAAAGGCUAUUCGAUACGAAGUUUCGCCAGACAGAGAAUAUGGGCUUUUUGCAUAUGAUAUUACACCGCUAUACCGGCAUUCAUACACAGCUUUUUAUGUCCUCAGAAGGCUGCCUAAUGGGGAACCGCAAAAUCUGUACCCUCCUGAAGUUAGCAACUCAAAGCUUCAGUAUGCAGGAUGGGGACCCAAAGGCCAACAGCUGUUAUUUAUCUUCGAGAACAACAUCUACUAUUGUGCCCGUGUGGGGAAGCAGGCCAUCCGCGUGGUCUCCACAGGAAAAGACAAAGUUAUUUUCAAUGGACUCAGCGACUGGCUGUAUGAAGAGGAAAUCUUGAAGACUCACAUUGCACACUGGUGGUCCCCAGAUGGGACAAGGUUAGCGUAUGCGACCAUCAAUGAUUCCAGAGUCCCCGUGAUGGAGAUCCCCAUGUUCACAGGCAGCCUUUAUCCUAAAGUGGAAACCUAUCACUAUCCAAAGGUUGGAACAGAAAAUCCAAGCAUUUCCUUACAUGUCAUUGGUUUGAAUGGACCUACUCAUGAUUUGGAAAUGACCCCUCCAGAUGAUGCAAGAAUGAGGGAGUACUAUAUAACCAUGGUGAAGUGGGCGACAAGUACCAAAGUUGCAGUAAACUGGCUGAACAGGGCACAGAAUUUUUCUAUCCUGACACUCUGUGAUGCCACGACAGGCGUCUGCACCAAGAAACAUGAAGACGAGAGCACAGCCUGGCUGCACCGACAGAAUGAAGAACCUGUCUUUUCCAGAGAUGGCAGGAAGUUCUUCUUUGUCCGAGCCAUUCCGCAGGGAGGGCGAGGCGAGUUCUACCAUAUUGCCAUGUCUUCGUCACAGCCUAAUAUCAGUAAUGAUAACUUACAGACCAUCACAUCGGGUGACUGGGAUGUGACCAAGAUUUUGGGAUACGAUGAAAAACAGCAUAAAAUCUAUUUCCUCAGUACAGAAGAGCUGGCAAGGACAAGACACCUGUUCAGUGCCAGCACGAAAGGGAACUAUAACAGGCGCUGCCUCUCUUGUGAUAUGAAUAACAGCUGCAACUACUUCAGUGCCUCCUUCAGUCACAACAUGGCCUAUUUCAUCCUGACCUGUGAAGGUCCAAGAGUUCCUAUGGUAGCUGUGUACAACAUAUCCGAUAGACAAAAACUCUUUGACUUGGAAUUAAAUGAAAAAGUGCAGAAGGCUGUAGCCGACAGACAGAUGCCCAUAAAAGACUAUGUGGAGAUCAAAAUCCAUGAUUACAAACUGCCGAUACAAAUUUCCAAGCCGGCGAUCUUCAGUGAAAAUAUGCACUAUCCGUUGCUUCUGGUUGUGGAUGGCACUCCUGGGACACAGAGUGUAACUGAGAAGUUUGAAGUCAACUGGGAAAGUGUCCUCAUCAGCUCCCAUGGCGCCAUUGUGAUGAAGUUUGACGGACGUGGAAGUGGAUUUCGAGGGACCAAGCUGUUGCACGACAUUGAAAGAAAGCUGGGCUUCACUGAAGAGAAGGACCAAACAGACGCUGUCCGCGCCAUACUCCAAAAGUCAUUUAUCGAUAGGUCUCGAGUCGCUGUGUUUGGAAAGGAUUAUGGCGGCUACUUGAGCUCUUACAUCCUUCUUUCUGGAGAAGACAGCAAGGAGAAACCCCUCUUCCAGUGUGGUGCUGCUCUCUCACCCCUGACGGACUUCCGAUUAUAUGCUUCAGCCUUUUCAGAAAGAUACUUGGGAUUACAAGGGAUUGACAAUAAAGCAUAUGAGAGUACCAGACUUGCUCACAGAGGGAUGUCAACGAAAGACCAAAGGUUUUUGAUCAUUCAUGCAACUGCUGAUGAGAAAAUCCACUUCCAGCACACUGCUGAUCUCAUUACGCACCUCAUUAGGGCAAAAGCUAAUUACACUUUGCAGAUCUACCCCGAUGAAGGGCAUUACUUCAACAGCCCAGCCCUGGAUCAACACUUGUACAAGUCCAUUGUCAAUUUUUUUGUGGAAUGUUUCAAGGAACAGGACAAAGCUCCAGUAGUUGCCACAAAAGAAGAUGAGGAUGAAGAUUAGCCCUCCAAGCUUGUGCUGAUAAACACAAGGUGGUUUAUAAUGAUAAUAUGCAAGUGAGUCUCUCUGUUUUUCCCCCCUUGGAGAAAGGAGUGUUAACUUGAGCAUGUAUUUAACAAGACUGAAAAAGCAAAAGCAGUCACCCCUGCUUGUACCGGAUCGUGACUCCUUUCUUCCUGAAUGGAAGAACAUUUAAGCAUGAAGAACUCAGCAGAAACCGCUGUUUAAAAUGAAUGGGAAAAAAAGGGAAAGGAUCUUAUCACCUUUGUUGCCACAAAGUGAUCUUGGGAGUAAGAUUCUCAAUCAGGAAGCUGGACUCAGAACGGAGAUUCCCCACCCCCCAAGAUGACUCUGAAAACUUCUUUGCAUUAAAAGGGUUCAAGAAGUAGGAAUGAAAACCCACCCUUUGUCUGUAUUACAGUUCCCUUAGUUAGCGCUUCAUUGUCUCAGAUACAGCCACCAACCAUGAAAUCAAGAUUAUAGCACAAUUAUUUUUAAAAAGUACUGAUUCAUGUGUUGUUUGCCCGCCAUCUUCUGCAUUUCAAAGGACUGGCUGUUGCUACUACACUGCUCAGCUGAGCAAAUGUUUCCUUUGUAGAAAUCACUGCUGUAGUUACACUAACCCUUUUAAUUAAACUUUGUGUACUGUAUAUGUAUUUCUGUAUAUACUUUCUACCUGUCACUCCCUUUUAGUUUAGCCUUGUACUAAUUUCUUCAGUGCUCCAGUGUCUUCUGGCUGGGGAGAAACUAAACGUGUAACAUGCCACAGACUACAUGCUAGAGUUUGUACGUGAGAUCACUUUACUUCUAAAACACCUAGCAAUUCUGUCUCUAGAUUUCUGUAAUGCACUGAUGCCGACUAAGCUUUACAGAUCGAAAUCAUCCUGUAUAAAUGUCAUACAUGGACGCUUAGUAAAAAAAAUCCCCAUCACUGUAAUUUGGGGGGGGAGUUGUAGAACAAGGAGAGUGCACAAGUAAUUUGCCAUUUCACAAAAUUUGGAAACCCGCCAGUCUGAAUAGAAUCUAAAGAACCAAAGCUUUCCUGUAAGGUAGAAAGUUUCUAGCCCUCAUUUAGUACAGAGAAAUGUGCGAGGUGACUCCUAAGGAUCAGGUUUUCUUGAUACUGGAGUAUUUGAGGACAGGACUUCCUGCACCUUGGAUAGUCUUCUUUCUCAGAUACAUGGUGUUCCCAGUUUAAUCGAAUUCCUCUUUCCUUAACCUUCUGCAACUCCAAGUAGCCUCUUGUCAAUGAUCGCAGUUCUAAAUCUGUGAGUCUCACAGCCAUGUAUGUAUUUUCACCAUUGAUAACCUGCCAAUUUUUUUUGUAUUAUACAUUACGGUGAUGGUGAAAAUCUAGGUUUGGAGGAGGGAGCUGCUUUCCUUUUUUUUUGCCAUGGAAUUUUCAACACACAUGGUCCUUUCUCCAGAGUCCUGGAAGAAAGACCAAAAAUACUGCAAAAACUGUCCCCCAAAUAUUUGGAAUUCCUUGCACUUUCCCCCCACCCCAGUGCUGUUCCCUGUAAAUUAUUCUGACCAAAUGUACAGCUAGUACGAAUACUGUAUAAUUCAUUUUGUUGUAUAUAAAAGGAAUGUAAGUCUAUGAUUUGUCAAAUCUUCCCACCCAAACCCGGUAUUAUUACGUCAUGUGUUCAGCGUGCAUGCAAUAACACUUGUUUGCUUAUUAAGACUCCUUAGAGGUACUCAUUCAGACGAUAUCAAUUGUGCGCUCCUUUUCCUGAUUGUUUUUGACAGCUUGAAUGUCAGUGCAGGUUUCUACAUUUGUACAUUGUGCUGUUGGAAAAAUGCCUAUGCCAGACAGCAACGAACAUAGAUAACUUGCAAAAUGUUGUCCAUCCAUGUUUGGUAAUGUUCCUUUUUUUAAUGGAUUACAAGUCCUCGAUGGCCAUGCUGGCUGGGGGAUUCUGUAAGAGGAACAUUUUGAAGUUCUGUUCUUCAUCGUAAUCUACAUUUGUUUUUACAUCCAAUUUGUCAGCUGUUGGUGGUAAUUAGAUCAUCCUGGGAGAUACGCCAGUAAACCAAACGGAAAAAAGGGGGUGGGUGGGACAUCUCAUUCCAUAUGGUUUUCUUUCUUUCCUAACUUAAACUGUGCGUCGGAAAUCAUGUGAACAGGGAUUGCGGGAUAACGUGGCUCCCUUCGUCCAAAUGCCAAAUAGACCACAUGAAUGCUACAUAUCCAUCAUCUUUUGGGCUGGUGUGCCUAAACCGAACUCGAUCCAGAGGAAUGGAUAGCCUGUUCUGUUUGUAAACUUUUGUAGAAGGGAAGCCCCAGAGUGACAUAGCAGUGUUCAUUCAUCCAUAAAAAUAAAGCAUUAUUUUACCA